GGCUGACCUGCGAAACAGGGCCCGCCCCCUUGGCUUUGAGGUUGGCUGAGGGGAGGCUUUCCGGUGACCCACUUCCGUUCCUCACUGCUGUGGACUGUCUGCACCCGGGGUCGGUGAAGGAUCGCAAGAUGGCUGGCCGGAAGCUUGCUCUAAAAGCCAUUGACUGGGUAGCUUUUGGGGAGAUCAUACCCCGAAACCAGAAGGCCAUUGCUAACUCCCUGAAAUCUUGGAAUGAGACCCUCACCUCCAGGCUGGCUGCACUACCUGAAAAUCCACCUGCUAUCGACUGGGCUUACUACAGGGCCAAUGUGGCAAAGGCUGGCUUGGUAGAUGACUUUGAGAAGAAGUUUAAGGCCCUGAAAGUUCCUGUGCCAGAGGAUAAGUAUACUGCCCAGGUGGAUGUUGAAGAAAAAGAAGAUGUGAAAAGUUGUGCUGAGUUUGUGUCUCUCUCAAAGACCAGGAUUGAGGAAUAUGAGAAGGAGCUGGAGAAGAUGAAGAACAUAAUUCCAUUUGAUCAGAUGACCAUUGAGGACUUGAAUGAAGUCUUCCCAGAAACCAAGUUAGACAAGAAGAAGUACCCCUACUGGCCUCACAAGCCAAUUGAGAACUUAUAAACUUGAGUCUGGGAGAGAGCUCUGGCCCUCCAAUUAUAAACUCUGGACAUUAAAAAUAAUUACAUAGUG